AUGAUUAUACUCUUUGAAUAGUGAUAAAUUUACUAUAUAAUAAUUUAUAAAAUAACUUGUUGUUUAUAAUUAUAUUAUUUAUUGAAGACAUGUGAAUAAACCAUUUCUGAUUUCUAAGCGCUGCUCUCCACUGAAGACUUAUCAACAUCUACCAAGUUUAAGAAUUUUUAAAUUCAUUUUAUUUCUCCCAAUUAUGAAUGAAAAGUGUGCAAUUGACGUCAAGAGUAAUGAAGCAUUAGAAAAAGACAACUUGUUAUUUCCAUGCUUCCAGAUUUCUAAUGAUGUAAAGUUGAAAGACGUUCCAAGUACCGGCGAGGAAUAUUUAUUAGCAGUUAUAAACGAACGACGUAACUGUCAAAUGGUGACCAAAUGUAAAAUAGACUGUUCAAAGUUUGCUCAGAAUCAAUCUGAAUUUGUAAAAGAGAUUCCUCAUCCAAAAGCACCUGAACGCCUAAAGCCAACAAUUGAAUGGCAAAACAUACAAGUUGCUGAUUUUUCUGAUAUCAGAUUGUAUAUUUCACGGUUACUUGAUAAAAGGUCUCACUGGCCUAAAAUAAGGAAAUUAAAAGUAAAUCCUGUUGAUGAAGUAUGGACCAAUUUUUUUGAAACUCAUGAGCCUACCUUGUCAUGUAUUUUAGGUAUGAAUUACAAAAUAUUAGAUAUAGGCUUGGAAUAUUUGAUUGAGUCUUUGAAUGAUAUUAAACCUGGAAGCACUAUUCCAUAUAACACAGGUCAAUGGAUCUAUGCUAUAUUAGCUUGUACAAGACAACCUUUAUUACCAAAUACAGUUAGUAUAUUAAGAAACUUAGCAAGAAGAUGUGCUGAAGUCAGGUCACAUAUUAAUCCAGAAGAAGAAAAUUCAAAGGAACUGGUUACUCCCUUUAAUGUUUUUAUUUGUUUAGUUUCUCGGUACUUUGGUCAAUUUGAUUUAGCUGACUAGUCAGUCUUACAUAAAUAGUCAUUUAUGUAAGGAAUUCUAUGAAAAAAUGUUUUAUUUCUACGGAUUAGUCGCGUGAGUGGUAUUAACUAUUUUUCUAUGAAUCUUUUGUUGCAAUUGGAUCCGUCUUAAUAAAAACAUUAUAACAUAUUACAUUUAUUACAUAUUUUUAUGAUCUAAAAGAGUAAAUAUUCUUAGUCAAUAAUAUCUCUACAUUAUUUUGACAUUUAUAAUAAAUAUUGAUUUCAAA